AUGGAGAUGCCGCCUCAGUCCCGUCUCUGCAAGUCUCUGUCGGUUGUCGUAGUCUGUGUCGGGCUACUCGUGGUGAGCCUGUUGUACCUGUCUUCGUGGUUCUCCGCCACACCCGACUCGCAGAAGGGCACCCCUGUCCGAGCUCAACCAGUGGACCGCGUACCUUCGGCCGUGGCGGCGGAAGUGAAGCUAGGUGUAUUGCCGACGCUGGGCCGGCCUAGCGGCCUGGAGAAGGAAUCCGAUGAAGCCUACGUGGCCUUGCAGUACGGCGGAUUCUUCCUCGCUCUCCGCGUCCUCGGACAAUCGUUGAAAGAAUCCGGCACUGUCAGAGACAUGGUUGCCCUGUGCAUGCCCGACGUACCGGAGUACCAGCGUGAUAUCCUUAGGAAGGACGGGUGGAUUGUCAGAUCGCUGAACGCGCUGCCCAAGAGCUGUGUCGGAGACCACAUAUACAGUAGACAUUUCACUAAAGUCCAGGCGUGGCUUUUGACAGAGUACAGAAGAGUAGUCCUCAUAGACUCUGAUGCUAUUGUACUGCGGAACAUUGACGAACUUUUUAGCUGUGGAGAAUUCUGCGCCGCCUACCGUCACUCCGACCUCUUCAACACGGGAGUGGUGGUGCUAAAACCCUCCGAGCAAACCUUCCGGAACAUCUGCAGCAAGAUUCAGUCCAUUCGCUCCUUCACCAACGGAGACCAGGGCUUUCUCAACUACUUUUACGAAGAUCUGAAAAAGGCGUCCAUGUUUUCUCACUCAGACAGUCUCGUUGUGAAUGGGAACCAGCAGUUUCAGCGUCUCCCUUCUGAAUACAACGGAGAUGUUUCGGUCUUUUAUCUGACAAACAAAUGGAUGUACUUGGACGCGGAGGAGCCCUAUGUCCUCCACUACACACUGGGGCCAGUGAAGCCGUGGAAGUGGUGGAGCUACCCACUCUUCACCCUCAACUGGAGGUGGAAGAGCCUGCGAGACAGACUCGACCCAAAGUUAAACGAGCCUUCGCUGUGGGACUGCAAGAGUUGGCUCCCACUGGCCCUGCUCCUGGCAAUCUGGCUCAGCUCUAAGAUAUGGCUGAAAUACUACACAAACUUUGUUGCCAAGAACUCAGUUGUGAGAAGUUUGAGCAGCAUUUUUAACCCUGUAGGACACUAUACACUGAAAAUAGUCCCCACGCUUUUCAUGUUGCUGGCACUCUAUUGGGCCUUUCCUUAUGUGCCAGAAGCUAUGAACCCUAUUGAAGCCUGGACACGGUACGGGCUAUGGACACUGCUGUUCUUCUCCACCCCAUUCUCCCUCUACUGCCACCUGGCCUAUGUAGUUGGUACCCAGUCAGCUGGUAUCGAUGGUCCUCCCAAGAACACUCCAGUCGUGAGGUCCUGGAGGAUAGCCAGCGAGGCUCUACUGUGGCUAGUCACCAGUGGCACCAUGUUCUACCUACAGUUCUGGAUACCUGUAGCACAGAGCACCAUGAAGAGACGGGUCUUUGCCUUCUUUGGACUGGGAUUUCUCAACCUUGUCCUCUGCUACUGGUGUGGGAGGCGAGUGGCUAGACUCUGCCACAACUUUGGCUUGUCGCACUCAGGUAGCCUAUGA